CAAACUCCUGACCUCAGGUGAUCUGCCCGCCUGGGCCUUACAAAGUGCUGGUGAACUUUUACUUCUUGAUGGACUUGCCCAUAGUGAAACUUCUCAGUCUGAUGGAUUGGAUGGGUCCUGGGUUAGGAAUCAGAGGCUUGACUGAGCCUGGGCAGCACAUGGCCCCUCUAGACAUAGCUUUUCUGAUCUGUAAAGAGUUAAAGGUGGUGCUUAAGCUUCCUGGAAAUCUAGCUUUGACUGAAUAAGAGAAUGAUGAGGCAAGUCAACGAGGGAGGGAAGGAAUGGUGAGAGUAGUUAAGUGGAUGGAGUGAUUGAUGAAUGGGUUAAGUGAAAGAGGAAUGAGAAACAGUUCAGGCCCCAAGCUACAGCUAUCAGCCAGCAUGCCUCUUUUUCUUUCUUGUUGCCUUAGUGUGGGUCUCAUUGUACUUUGGAUUCCUGGGGCUGUGUUCUGUGAUAACUGGAGGGUGCAUUAUCUUUCUGCACUGGAGGAAGAACUUGAGGCGGGAAGAGCGUGCCCAGCAGUGGGUGGAGGUGAUGAGAGCUGCCACGUUCGCCUACAGCCCACUGUUGUACUGGAUUAAUAAGCGACGGCGCUACGGCAUGAAUGCAGCCAUCAACACGGGCCCUCCCCCUGCUGUCACCAAGACUGAGACUGAGGUCCAGAAUCCAGAUGUUCUGUGGGAGUUGGACAUCCCCGAAGGCAGGAGCUAUGCUGACCAAGUCAGUAACUCCAAGGCGGAAGACCCCGCUCCCCUGCAACCUGCACUGCAGGGGGCUCCACAGCAGCCCCAGGCCAGCUCCCCAUUUCCACUUCCCAUCUUUCAGGAGGUGCCCUUUGCCCCACCCUUGUGCAACCUACCCCCGCUGCUGAACCACUCUGUCUCCUAUCCUUCAGCCACCUGUCCUGAAAGGAAUGUUCUCUUCCAUUCCCUCCCGAAUCUGGCCCAUGAAGACCACAGCUUCAAUGCCAAGCCUUUUGCUUCAGAAUUGUAGCCUCCUCUCACUGAGGGUGGGAGCUGCAGGAAUCAGGUGCAGAGUAGGAAAUGGAACUAACCUCAAGAAGGCGGUAUUGACAGAGGUCAGGACCCACCUGGAUGUCAUGCUAUGAAAUUUAAAAAAAAAAAAAAAAAAAAAAAAAGUCCAAGGCUCCCUCGUGUCUCAUUUGCUGUUAGGAAGGCAGUGUCCUUCCUGUCUGAUGGGGUCACUUUGCAAACCAAGUUGGUUGCUGAGUCUCACCAAUAUGAACUGGCACUGAGGUUGGCUGUGGGGAGACGCACUGAACCAGCACUUGUGGAUGGACUCAAUAUCCCUCUGUUCAGUAUUUAAAACAAAAACGUGUGCCAGGCCCUGGCCUGGGUACCCCAAGGCACUGGUGUUCUGUGGGAUGUGAAGCACAGUUGCCACAAGAGUGAUAGCUGCUGAGGGUGUGAGCUAUGGUGAUUUACAGUGGCUAUGGCACAGGCAAAACGAGUCAUCACGAGCCCUGUGAGCCACACUGCACUACGGGAUGAAAUACAUUCUUUGUUAUUAUCUAUGAUGUAUGUAGCUCUUACGUGGUUGCCUCUGUACAUUAUUUCUAACAAUUCACAAGAACACUGCCAAAUGGAUAUCAUGAUCCUCCUCUUAUGGAUAAGAGACAGGUUCCAAGGGCAUAUGCCAUACCUUUCUUAGUUGCAGAGCCAGUUCUCAAAUCUACAUCUGCCUUUCAUCAAAGUUACUGGUAUGAAAGUCAUUGAUCAUCAAAGGUACUGAUCUUCCCACCAUACACCAUAGUGCCCCUUCCCUAAUGACAUGUUGUGUUAGAAAAUGCUUGGUGAAUGCUUUGGAUUGUACGUAGGGUGUCAUUAAGUUGGUCCAUGAAUUGGCUUGGAGGAAGGGCUGGUCAGUGAACUGCCUAACAUUAUAAGUAGACAUAUGUCCCUAGUUUUUACCUUUCCUACAGGAAUCCAUGUCCCCCUCCCAAAAAUUAAGAUCCAUCACAUGGGAAUAUUAAUAAUGUUUGUACUUCUGGAAAUGGUUCUAAAAGGUGAGACAAAGAUAAUACUGGCCAUUUGGCUCCAGUUUUGAGGUAAGAAAGCCCAGCUCUAUCACAGGAUAUGUGUUUCUCCCUUUCCUUUUGGAAAUGAACAAAUCCUUUCAUUAUAUUUGUAAGUAAUAAAAGCUUUAUGUAUAGUCAUUUACAUAAUGACUAAGGGGGAAGGUCACCAGAUUCUGUGUGCGGGGAAGGGGAGGAGGUAUCCAGAAUCUAGCAAACAAACAUGUAGAGUUAAUUUAUUUUUUUUCUGUGUGUGAAAAAGCUUUAGCUCCUGUAUGACCCCUCUUUAGCAACAGAUUUUAAGCUUUUUUUUUUUUUUAAAGGUGGUGGAACAUUUAUGGCAAACACGCUUUUAUAUUGAUUCUCAAAAUAUAAAACAGGCCUAAGUGGAGCAUCUUGGGUAGACACAGAGGCAGGGCUCACUCCUGCCUCACCUUGCCCCUCCCAUCCUCUGGAUGCAUAACGCCUGAACCUUGCGGCCUUUGCUUCUUCAGGCCAAAUAUCACAGUCCUUAAGGCAGAUUCUUAAUUACUUUGGGCCCACCAUGUGUUACUCCUUGCUUUCAAAAGGCAUAAGGCGUCCAUAAAAAUAGAAAUCAAAGCAGAUUUUUUUUUCCCUUAGAAAUCGCAGGGGAGUGAGAGAGGCUUUAGUCAAGACACAUUGAGAGAAAAAGAAAUUUUUUUAUUUAGCUAAAUUAAAAUGGCUGUGUUACUUAUAUGAAAUAUGCAAAGCUCAAAUCAAGUCAUGGAAACCCUGAAUUCUCCCUAAACAGAACCAAAAUUGCUUAUAUGUUACCAAAAUAGCUCCACUAAAACAAAGUAGAUUUAAAUUUCUUAAUAUGAGAAAACAACAAGGUAGGUUAGGUUCGUAUAACAAACAAUACACGCUCUAUAAAGUCUCAGGAAUACCCAAAUGUGUUCCGGUUUGGAUAUGAAAGAGGGACCACAUCUAGCUGGUGCUGGUAAGCAAGCCAAUGAGGUGUGCAGCAAACAAAACCUGUCACUAAAAACAACUCAACAGGCCAUUAUAAGUAUGAGCCCAUCACAGCCAAAAUCCUCAACUGUGACCGGCAGGACCAGCAAGCGGGGGUGCUGAAGGGGUUAUGAACAGCAACCAUAAAGAAAGGAAUCUCCAACAGAAGGGACAAUGGCCAGCAGUAGGUGACGGGAACCCACUCUUCAGCUCUGUUGCAUCACACACCUUCCUGAGGGUCAGGCACCUCUCUGCCUUUUAGAUGACACCACAGUCAUCUCGAAGUCAGGUAUUCUCUUCUUUUGGUUCUUCUUUUUCUAUGCUACCUUUUUGCCUCUGUGAUUUAUGGGGAGGCUCUUUUAGUAAACAUUAUACGAGAUAGUACAAGGCAAAAGAAAACAAGGACCAAGAAGCAGUGAGUAACUUAGGAAAGCAGCAGUAGGAGCUGCCAGACUGAAAAGGUAAAAGGAUUUAAAACCAAAACCCAAACCAAAUUCACUAUCCAGUCUUCCUCUCAGAGAUGAGAUAUGGCUGGUGAGGCUUGACUACAGCUGAAUACAAGUCACAGGCUCAGUAAGUUAAGACAACACACAAAUGAAAGUACCAAAUUCACACUAAAUAAUAGGCUUAUGGGACGCUUAAGCCAGUGAGUCUGCUCAACUCAGGAGUUCAAGAUACCCUACUUUUGCCUGGAAGAUAUAGUACUUUCUCAGGCAGGAUGACAAAAAUAUUCAUAGAUCUGAGAAUGCAGCAUAAACACCUCUGCCAAACUUGGUAGGGGGAGCGGAUGGUACUAUAUACUGGCUCAGGGAUGAUACUAGUCAGACAAGCACAA